AUGAACGGCCCAGCAGAUUCAAGCCCACUCUUCAAUUGCUCAAAUCAAUCACAUUUUGCUCUGGAAAGGUCAGAGCAAUGUGGCAAAGAGACACACAUGGAGAACAUCCUUUUUGCCACUUUCUACUUCCUGGACUUCAUCCUGGCUUUUGCUGGCAAUGCCCUGGCUCUUUGGCUCUUCAUUCGGGACCAAAAGUCAGGCACACCCGCCAACAUCUUCCUGAUGCAUCUUGCUGUGGCCGACCUGUCCUUUGUGCUGGUACUUCCCACCCGGCUGGUCUACCAUUUUUCUGGUAACCACUGGCCAUUUGGGGAGAUCCCUUGCAGACUCACCGGCUUCCUUUUUUACCUCAACAUGUAUGCCAGCAUCUACUUCCUCAUGUGCAUCAGCAUUGACCGUUUCCUGGCCAUUGUGCACCCCGUGAAGUCCAUCAAGCUCCGCAGGUCCCGGUAUGCCCAUGUGGCAUGUGCCUUUCUGUGGGUCAUUGUUGGGGUGGCAAUGGCACCUCUGCUGCUCAGUGUGCAGACAGUCCAGAUGGAAAACACAACCGUCUGCCUGCAGCUCUACAGAGAAAAGGCCUCACGUCAUGCCCUCGUGUCCUUGGCGGUGGCAUUCACCUUCCCCUUUGUCACCACAGUGACCUGCUACUUACUCAUCAUCCGAAGCCUGAGGAGUGGGAACAGAGUUGAGAAACACCUGAAGGAAAAAGCUGUCAAAAUGAUCAUCAUGGUCCUGAUGAUCUUUCUGAUUUGCUUUGUACCUUAUCACGUCAACCGCUACAUUUACAUUCUCCACUACAACGGCACCAAAGCCUCCUGUGAGACCCAGCGCACCCUGGCCCUCAGCAACCGCGUCACCUCCUGCCUCACCAGCCUCAACGGGGCCCUCGACCCAGUCAUGUAUUUUUUCGUAGCCGAGAAAUUCCGCGAGGCUUUGUGCAACCUGUUCUGUAUCAAAAAGACCGUCAUGCUGCCUCAAACGUACGAGGGUAAGACAAAUGAAAGCUCACUAAGCGCUAAAUCUGAACUGUGAACGUGACUCCUGUCACUGCUUUGACUUAAGGGCGCUCACUUCCACCAAAAGCAGCAGAGAGCACAAAUAGCUGGUGGGACAGUCCACACAGAGUCAAACUCAGCCCGAGAAGGGAAGUUCUGUUGGUUUUGUGGGACUGCAAUUAGCAAGAACUCCCCUGACAACAGAGAUCACAUCUGCUUGUCUUACUGAAACUGCAAACAGAAGGACACUUCUACUGAUUUCCAAGAUGUGAAACUGAGGGUUGAGCACUUAGGAACAGGGAAAGGGGCAAAGAGGAAAAUGGACCUUUUUUUUUUUUUAAAGAACUUAAUCCCAAAGCACUCAGUAACGACUCUUCUUCUGCACAAUGCAUACAGCCUUCUCUAAAAUUUCAUAUUGUGCCAGCACUAGAGAUCCACUCCUGAGACAGACCUGCCUGAUGAGAAAACAACACCCUAGCACAUCUUGCCCAAGUCUCCAAAUUCAAAGCAUUUAUACAUAGUAGAGAGAAAAUUGGUACUAAA